AUGAGUUGGUGGAGGAAUGAUAAGAAUGGUAGCUCCGGUGGCAAUAGUGCAAGGAGGACACCGUUGGACCUACAGCUACGCCUGGAACUACCCACAGGGAGGGUAGAGGUUGACCAUGGCAAUGAUAAUGAAUUAUCAUCAUCUAGCUCAUGUGUAUCAUCAGAUAUUUCAUCAGAUGAAAGGUUGGUGCUAGUGCUCGCUGGUUGUAGACGGUGCUGGAGGUACUGCAUGAUGGCUCCUGUUGUCGAGCUCCCUGUGGACGGACUGGCCUACCAUGGGUUCGCCACGAUCCUGUAUGACGUACUGGACUUGCUAGGUGUCCCCACAGAGAAGAUCGAGUACGUGUGCUGGGGUGAGCCUAGACCCGACGGGUUCAAGGGCCACAUCGUGGUCCACCAUAAGGUCCCCGCCAGCGAGUUCGUACCCGUGCUGUGUGCCUUUGAGACACUGGAGGUGGAGAACUCCAUUGCUUCGUGCAUGCAGUCUGUCUCGCGCACUGCUCUUCGUAGUGUGAUGCGUGACGCACACGACUACCUCAAGACGGGACCGUACCGCCUGCUACCUGCCGCUCUGGACCUCAAUAGGUUCUCAGAGCCGCAGAUCACUGCCGCAGACCAUGCUGCGUGUGACGAGGAUCGCUACAUCAUGGAUGUGGAGAUGCAGAACCACCGCUACCGAGACCUCCUGUUCCGUUGCGAUGAGGAGUUCCUCAAGGUGGAGCGCAAGGAGGAGGAGAUGGUUGGCAAGCUUGAGGAGGAGCGCAUGGGCUAUGACAGAAUGAAGACCUUCUACGAGACCCAUGAGAAGUCACUUCGGGAGGAGAUCGCCAACCUCAAGGACAAAGUUGGGGAGGCUGAGCUUCGCCACGACUAUCUUGAGUCCAAGGUGCUUGAGUGCGAGGAUCGGAUUGAGCGUCAGAGACAUACCCUGAGGGAGUUCCACGAGAAGGAGAAGCACCGUGGCAUCAGGAAGCUUGCCCUGGAGGCCCAUUGCAACAUGAUGGAGAAGCUGGCUGUGGAGGCUGCCAUCACCACCACCUACAACAUGCAUCACCUAGUUCACUACAUCAAGUGCACCGAGUACCUUCAGAACAAGGUGAACCGCAUCAGCCAGGCUUGGAUCGACGCUGAUCGCAAGCGCGUCCAGGAGAUCAGGAAGGUCUAG